GACAGGUGUGGGCAUAGCAUUAAUUAGUGGCUGUAAUAAUUAUGUCUUAUGACAAGUCCUCACAAGGUGUGUGUGUGUGUGAGAGAGAAAGAGAGAGAGAUAGAGAGAGAUAGAGAGAAUGAGAGAAAGAAUGAGAGAAAAUAAGAAAGCUGAUUCAGUCUAGCUUUGGUUCAGAUAUGAUGUAAUUUGUCACAGAGACCGUAAUUGGGGGGGGUCUUUUUCACACUUUGUGGCGUGAAUUCUGCGAACUACAAACAGGCAACCCUCAAAGAGCCUGCGAUAAUGCUGUGUUCUAAGUUUACUAUGCAGUGAGAAAAGAACAGAAGAGUGAAACAUACACCUCAUGUGACUCUCAGGCGGCAGCAGAUCUGACAUCAAUGGACUGAGCAGCUUACAGUAUGUAGAAGGUCAUGACCCACAAAAUUACUUAAAAAGAGAGAGAGAGAGAGAGAGAGAGAGAGAGAGAGAGAGAGAGAGAGAGAGAGAAUUUAAUUUAAGGGGGUGAUUGUUUUGGAAUCAUAAAGAUAAAACUGUCAAAAAUAAAUGUUGGUGGAAAUAGUGAAGGAGGAAAGCAGGUUAAAAGGCUGUUGCAUUUACACUGGUGGUCUCAGGUCUGUUGGGUUUUUAUAUGAGUCAUGUCUUGACAUUUAUGACAAGGAUUAACAGGCAGCUUCUUACAGCUUCAAGUUCAGAAGCUUCUGGGGGUCCUACUUGCUCAUAUCUCACUCAUCUUUUACUCUCUGAUGAUGCUGAUCUUGUGGUGUUUCCUUCUUUUGACACACUUCCUCUGCCAUGUGCAUCCACAGGAGUGUGACACUAAGUGGCAAUAUAAAGACGAUAAUAAUGUACGAUGCUGCAAGAAAUGUGAAUCAGGUCAACACAUGGUGAAGAGAUGUACGAAAUCUUCUGAGACGUCAUGUACAAAGUGUCGUCGUGACUUAUACAUGGAUGAAUACAAUAAGGAACUAGAAUGCAAAAGGUGCUCUCAAUGCACCAAAGAACACAUGGUGUAUAAGAAGAACUGCUCUAGUAUCUCUGAUGCAGUGUGUGACUGUGAGAGUGGAUAUAAAUGCAACGGUAAACCCUGCACAGACUGUGUGAAAAUCCCAACUACGACAACAACAACAACAACAACGGCACCACCAUCAACACCAACAACAACAACAACAACCUCAAAAGUAAUUACUAAUGUCAUAAAAGAAACAACAGCCUCCCAAGACACUGUGUGGAUCACUCUGAGUCUGUGUUGUGUGUGCAUUCUGCUUACCUGUUUCAUUCUCAUCAGCAGACACACACCUCCAUGUGGAUGGAUCAUGUUGGCUUCAGCUGGUUCUUUUGGGGGAUCCAAGAAAACUUCAGCCGAAUCUAGUCAGUGCACAGAGGAUGAGGAAGUGCCGAUGCCAGUCCAGGAGGUGUGUGGACAUAAGGAGUGGGAAGAAGAAGUCUGAGAGAGACAGAGGGAAGCGGCGAGACCGAGGCAGGAAAAGGCACAUAAGAGUGUGGAUUGACUAUGAACUGUAACAUGAAGAGAUGUGAAGUGAAGUGAAAUGGCUCAUGAAGAGAGGAGCAACAGACACACUCAUCCUGCACCUAAACUAAUGGGAUACUGAGAGAGAAAGGAAAGGAACAACACCACUUAUGUCCACUGUAUAGCACAAUUCAACUACUUAAUGCGCCAAUGAAACAGGGCCAUAGUUCUAAAUCAAUAUCACAUUUUAAAAAAGGAGGUGGAAAAAGGAGUUCGGGUUACUGUUUGUGUGGAUUCUCCUCAUGUCCAUUUGUCUUUCCUCAAUUUUCUCAAUUCUCCUCCAACCUCCCAAAAAAAUGAAUGCAAUGAACUGGAGUACCAUCUAGGGUGUAUUCCUGCCUCACUCCCAGUGUUCCCACAAUAGGUUCUGGAUUUACGGUUAUUGAAGAUGAACAAAUUUUUUUUUAAAUAGCUGUAUUCAUUUGUUUGUGCUAAUGGAUUGCUUUCAAAAAAUGCAAUCAUAUAAACAAAGGUGAAAAGCUCAGACUUUGUUUUCCUUUUUAUUUUUUUUGGAAGGCAUACUGUCUAUAGUUUGUAUGAUUUUUAUGGUUUAUUAUUGUUUAUAUAGAUAGUUGAUUCACUAGAUCAUAGAUUCACUAGAUAUAUGUGUGAUUGUUAGUAGUUGGCCCAAGCAAAGGAAGUUGAGUACAAUCUUGGUAGGCAAAUUAAACACCUUGUGGCCAUCUUUAAAAUAGCAAAAAAUGUAUUUAGGGGCCAAGCAAAUUGUAGGCAUAAUAUUGUAGUUGUAUGUUGUUCUUUUGUUUUUUUUAAUCUCUGUGUAUUUCAGUAUUCAAAAGUUGCACAUGAAUGAAGGACUAGGACCUAAUGGACUCCAAGAAAUUUUGUCUAAAUUUACCUCUAAGGGGUGCUAUAUUUCACAAAUUAGUAAAACUGCUCAUAACCUCAACUUUAACAUCAAAUCAUGAUUCUUCUUUCUAUUGAUUGCCUUGGCGGUGUCGAACGUUCUUGAUGUAACAAACAGGAAGUAUUUCUGUUUGAUGGGCUAAUUUGAGGGAUUUUUUGUCUACCAUUUUUGUAGAAUCAUCACAAACUUUUGGUCCAUCCAUAAAGUACAACAAAUUUGACAGAAGGUCACCAAACUGGAAGUGAGUCCAUUACUCAGGAACGCUUUCAUGUAUUGACAACAAACAUAGCACAUGUGUUUAGCAAUAUGAUCGAAUGUUAGCAAACAAACUUAAUUAAUUAGUUAAUUUGCAACUUGGCAGGGCUACUGAAAACAGGAAGUGAAGCAAUAUCUCAGCAAUGGCUUAACAUAUUAAAUUUAUUAUAUUUCCUUGUACUAAGAAACUGCUGCCCUAGAAAGGUAAAAAGGUUGAACUAUUUAAAAUAAAUAUGAAACCACUAUUUAAAAUAAUAAAGGAUUGUUUUUUAGUAAUAGAAUCCAUGAUGCUCUCAAUAUACACCAGUUCAGAAAAUUUAUACAAAAGUGUUCAGUAGUUUAGUAGUAGCCAAAUCAUUGUCAAUUAGGUUUUCU